AUGAGGCUUCUUGUGACUGGUUUCCUCGUUUUGUCGACGGUUUUUGGUGAGUUUACGUAAAUUUUACAAAUAAUUUAUUGAUCGCUUCUAUGAAGUUUGACGGAUAAUAUUUUUUUGAAUUGGCGAUGCCAUACAGUAGUCGUAAUCAUUGCAAAAUAAAUACUUACAGCUGCCUUCCCAUCGUCCGAAGAGAAUAUUAAGCUUGCUGAUCAGGCCGUUAAAGAGUUAAGAGAUCUUAUCGAAGGCAACAGGCAUGAACUUUGGCCAAAUUUGGAGCGUCAUGGAGAAGGCUGGAAGAUCUACGCCAAAGAAAGCAUCUUCCCGGAACUCAAGGAGCAUUUGCUAAUGGCCGAAAUAAUUGUAAAGGCAAACACCACCAAGAUUUCAACCCUGUUGGCGCCUUUCAGAGGAUACCGAAGCAAAUGGGAUGACUUAUAUGAGUUCAAUAGGGUCGUCGAUAGACUCGAUAACAAUGUAAGUGCAGCCAUUUUUGUAACAAUUGUUUUGUUAUACGAACAUAUAUUAUUUCCCCUUGUUGUAAUAUUCUUAUUUUUAGAGCUAUGUUAUCCAUGAGGCCGUGCAUCGAGUCUUUAUUUUGUCUGCUCGUGACGCUGUAAUUGCAUGUAAAGAAGAAGUAAUCGAGGAAAAAAUAAUCAUGGCUUGUCGGAACACGACUCAUGUUAAUGUGCCCGAGAAUGAUGACUAUGUCCGCACUGUGCAGAGGUUGGUCGGGUAUUACUUGCAACCGUAUGAGAAGAAUCCACAAUGGACCAAGGCUAAUGUAAGCAGAUUUAUUACCGCUGUUCCAAACAAAUUUUGGAUUUUUUAGGUCUUGAUUGGACUUGACCUCAACCUCCCCGUCACCUUCUUCUCGAGCCUCGCGGAACGCUUUAAGCCCGGGCAAAUGGUCGAUUUUAUUGGGCGAUUAAAUAAUGCAGCAGAAGAAUACAAUAUAUGA